GCGUCUAUACGCCUGUUCUCAGCGUUACCUGAUUAGCGUUAGUGUAAUUUAAUUUACGUUUGGACUUAAAACCAUAUCGAAAUGUAUUUAACGUUGAAACAAAAGCUGUUAGAAGUUCCCGAAGGCACGGUGCAGCAGAUACAAAUGUUGUACGGCUACGAUGAAAGAAAAAUGAAUGAGGCCGUCGAUAUUCUGGAGGAAUGGCUGAAGAAACAGAAUCAUUUCCUGAAGAAAGAUUUUCCAAGAAUAUACUUGGAGACGAAUAUAAUAGGAAGCAAAGGUUCUAUCGAGAGAACUAAAUCAAAACUGGACAAGUUGUUCGCUCUCCGGACUGUUCUACGGAAGUUUUAUGAAUUCAAUGAUAUCAGAAAUGAGUUUAAAAACCUGUUCUCGUGUACAAGCAUGCUAGCUAUGCCUAAAUUGACGAAAGAAAACAAUAGACUUUUUAUAGUUAAAGUGAUUGGAAACGAGUUCUUUGAUAAAGUUCCAUAUUUAGAUUAUUACAAAAUUAUUAUUGCGUAUGUAGAAUACUUCAGGAUGUAUGAUUACUCGGACGGAUACAGAGCAGUUAUUGACUACAGGGAUAUCAACAUUAUGAAUAUAAUAGCUCGCGUCAACCUGGUAGAGUUUAAAGAGUUUUCCACACUUAUUUUAUCCGGCUACGGUGCGAGGCUCAAAGGAAUCCAUAUAAUAACUUCAUCGAAAGCAGUCGAGAAUUUGCUGAGAAUAAUAACACCGUUAUUCAAUCCAAAAUUGGUGGCCAGAUUCAGAGUUCACGGAACGUUGGAGUCAUUACACGAAGUAAUAUCUCAGGAUAUGUUACCAAAAGAGCUGGGGGGGACUGGACGAUCGCUUAAAGAGAUACAAGAUGACUGGAUCGACCUGUUGAGCUCGAAGGAGACCUCGGAAUUCUUUCGCGAGAUAAACAAAGCACAGGUCAACGAGGCGUAUAGAAUGGAUGAUUUGAAAAAUGAAGAAAUGGGAUUGCCGGGAACUUUCAGAACAUUAAGUGUUGAUUAAGACAAAACAAAACAAAGAAAAACUGCAUCGGCGUUUUGUUGUUUUUUAAGCCUGCGUGUUCCGACAGCUAUCAUAAUAAUAUAUUCGAAUUAAAAUGUAUGUGAACGGUGUAGGUGUAUUUUUUUAGCUAUGGCCAGGUGCAAAUGCCGCAA